AUGUGUGCAAGAAAACCUGACAUUUAUUUCAUGUCAAAGUUUCCUAAUUUGGCUGCUGAAAUUAGGAAGCUCUUACCACCAGAUGUGAACUUGAUUGUUAUUCCUCUCUCAGAUCAAAGAAUUAAGUGGGACAAGACAAUUACCAUUUCGGAUGAAGAAAUCAAAUGUGCUAGAAAAGCAGAAGUUUUGGUCAUUGAUGGGAACUAUUUAGCCAAAAUACUCUAUGAGUUACCAGAUUUAAAAUGGGCUCAAAACACUUGGGCUGGUGUCGAUAUGAUAUUUGAAGAAGUUGAUUCAACAAAGCCUCUGCCUACUUUUCAACUCACCCGGUAUGUUGAUCCCUACUUUGGAGAGCUUAUGUCGAAUUAUGUCAUUUCUCAAAUCAUAAAUAUAGAAAGAGGAUUUUAUACAUACUGUGAUAAACAAAAGACCUGUGAGUGGGCAAGACCCUUCUUUCCAAAUUUCAGAGUUUUAAGUGAUUUAACUGUUGGAAUCCUUGGAGCUGGAAAUCUUGGAUGUUCUGUUGGACGACUUUUAAAGAAAGGUGGCUGUCGUGUGAUUUCUUUGGUGAGACAUGCGAGGAGUUCUCCCUGUGAUGCUUUUGAUGAAGCUACUACUGAUUUGAAUGUCCUUUUAAGGGAAUGUGAUUAUCUGUGUAAUGUUUUACCGAGUACUGAUGAGACGAGAGGUCUGUUAGAUGGGGAAGUGUUAAAGAAGUGUGAAAAGAAACCAGUUUUCAUUAAUAUUGGGAGAGGUGACAUUAUUAAGGACACCACUGUUAUUAGAGCAUUAAGUGAAGGCUGGAUAUCAAAAGCAAUUUUAGAUGUCUUUGAUGAUGAACCUCUAGCUACAGAAAACCCUUUGUGGAAGACUCCUGGGGUUCACAUUACUCCUCAUGUUGGUGCCAUACCAAGAAUAGAUGGGAUUGCCAAAUUUAUAACUGACAACUAUUCAAGAUAUGUCAGCGGAGGACAGUUAAUGAACGUUAUUGACUGGAAAAAUGGUUAUUGAUCAAAU